CUUGUGUGUAACUUAAAACCACAGAAGGUUACAGCUAACAGCCUGCUAGAGAGCUGGAUCCAGAUUGAUUUAAAUCCAAAGGACUUCAUCUGGGUCCACAAACCAAGAACGGCAGUUGGCUACCAUAGAUUUUCUUUUUGGGGCAUUCUUGCCCUCCUGCUUGGACUCCUUCAGACAUGGAGACUCAACAGUCCAAGGAGGACUCCAAGACUAAACACGAAGAGCUAGCCAAAGCUAUAAUGGCUCGGCGUUUCUACCCUUCUGUCAUUGGCCCGGAGGCCUGGGAGGGAUAUAUCUUCUCUGAUCUGGAGAUCCGCAUUAAAGAGUCCACAGACCUCUACGGAGCUGUACUCUGGCCCUCGGCAAUGGUGUUGUGUCAUUUCUUAGAGACUAACCGAGACAAAUACAACCUGACAGACAAAAAUGUGAUUGAACUGGGUGCUGGGACUGGACUCGUCACCAUUGUAUCCAGCCUGUUAGGUGCUAAGGUGACCUCCACUGAUCUACCAGAUGUUUUGGGGAAUCUCCAGUACAAUGUUAUGCGCAACACCAAGGGCCGAUGCAAGUACAUCCCUCUGGUCACUGAGCUCAUCUGGGGUCAGGAGGUGGAGCAGCGUUUCCCACGAGCCACGCAUUGUUUCGACUACAUCCUGGCAGCCGACGUGGUUUACGCCCACCCUUACCUAGAAGAGCUGAUGAACACUUUUGACCACCUGUGCCAGGAAAACACACAGAUCCUCUGGGCUAUGCGUUUCCGCCUGGACCCAGAGAACAGCUUUGUGGAUCGCUUCCGGCAGCGUUUCCACCUGGAGGAGCUGUAUGACCUCCCAAGCCUGAGUAUCAAACUAUACCGAGCCUGGAGAAAGGACAUGAGAACCAAAGACCAAGGAGAGGCUGCUGCAUAAACUGUGAAAACACAGAUUGUGUGAAUCUGUCUGUGACUGCUGAAUUGGGUAAAAUUUGGAAAUUGUCUUGCCAAAUGGAAAUGUGUUCAUAUAAAUAAGUAACAUCAAGUGUUUUGCGGGUUCUCAUAUAAAUGUCUUAAUUUCUCUUCUACUUCAGACUUUAUGCUGUGCAUAGUUUGACAUACCAACAUUUCAAAAUAUAAAGUUGUGAUCAGUGUUUUUACACAUUGUAUUAUGUUAUUCAAGGUAUUUGCAUGUUUAUCUUUGUCUACUGGACACAUUUUGGUGUAACACAAUACCAUUUAACA